AUGCAUUUUGAAUUCCCCAACGAGGACAUCAUGCUUAUAAGGGAUUACAACAUUCUUGGUCCCGAGGAAGGACCAGAACCUGGAUCACGUUGGACAUUUGUGUUAGAUGGAGCUUCUAACGCUCAAGGCAGCGGAAUUGGGGAAGUUAUUACAUCCCCGACUGGUUUUCAUCUACCCUUCACUCCAAGGUUGUGCUUCAGUUUUACCAAUAAUAUGGCGGAGUACAAGGCUUGUAUCUUCUACAUUGAAGCGGCUAUUGAUCUAAGGAUCAGAACCCUCGAAGUCUAUGGGGAUUUAGCUUUGGUAAUCAUCCAAGUAAGAGGAGAUUUGGAAGUUCGUGAUCACAAGUUGAUCACGUACAAAGAGCAUAUGUUAAAGCUAAUCCCAUAUUUUGAUGAGAUCAUAUUCCAUCACAUCCCUCAAGAGGAGAAUUGGUUGGAUGAUGCCUUAGCUACUCUGUCAUCCAUGUUCAAGGUCAAGUGGAAAAAUGAAGCACGAUUUAUCCGCACUGACUACUUGGAUAAGCCAGUACACUAUUUGGCAAAUGAAGAUAAGUCUGAUGGCCAUCCUUGA